CUUGAUUGCAGAUUUACUCGAUCACUCUUGACUUUUGCAACGGUUAGCGGUAGCAUAUUGCCAUCAGUCGUGGCUUGAAAUCUAUUGUCCAACAUUUUGUGCGUGCGACAAAAGUGAAAAAUAAUAAACGAAAAUAAUAAACGCUUUACCGCGAUUUUUCCUAGAUUCAAAAUGUCAAAAGACCAUAAAAUCAUGUACUGUUCUCAAAGUAAUACUGAAUACUUCGAUUGUACGUGGGUGAUAAGGGAUUAUUUAGCAAAUUUUUCGAAAAAAACAGAUAUAUAUUCGCCAUACUUCAAGAUUGGUAAUAAUCAAGAAACGUUAAGAUUUAACAUCUACCGAUUAACAAAGACCAGUAUGGUUACAUUAAGUCUGGAAGUAUCUGGCCCGACUAUUUGUGGAUGCUCUUACAAGAUAUCAGUCAUCAAGGAUGACCAAAUUGCUUACACUCGAAUCGAUGAGGCUUUAGGAACAGUAACAGUUUUCAACAUAGAUGCUAAAGAUGUGAACGAGUUCAUUUCAUCCUCAGGUACUUUAACUAUUCACUGCAAAUUAACAAUUUCUACGGGAGAAAUGGAACACGUUCUAAUCAAUGAAUCCGUUGAUAAGAAUCAAGCGUUAGUGCCAAAAUUUAAUUUCGACUGGAUAUUUCUCGAAGAAAAUUUCAGUGAUGUGAAUCUGCGAGCUGCAUGUGGAAAAGAAAUUCCAGCCCACAGGGUGAUCCUAGCAAAUGCCAGUUCUGUCUUCAAAGCUAUGUUUAGCCAUGACAUGUUGGAAAAUAAAAGCCAAUUAGUUGAUAUGAUCGAUGUGAGUCAUCCAGCGGCAGUUGAGAUGCUGCGAUACAUCUACACGGGUAGCGUCGUCGAGACUCAAGAAUUUUCCUUGACUGCUGAAGUUUUGGCAGCUGCCGACAAGUAUCAACUUGAAGGACUGAAAAAUGUGUGCGAGAAAAUGUUUAUAUCAACUUUAUCAACUGAAAAUGCGAUCGAGGCUCUAACGAUAGCUAAAAAAUACAAUAUAAAUAAAUUGAAAAUAAAAGCGGUUGAAUUUCUAAAGCAUAAAAUCAGCGAAUCUCCGAAUUCUGACGAAGCAGGUGAUAUGAUUUUCAGUAUGAUACAAUUUCUUUCGAAGUAAUUAUACAGCUUUAAUUGAUGUUUUUUUUUAAGUUUUAACUAAUCUAUAAUAAUAUGUAAUUUUUUACAAAUCACUUUAACUGGAAAGCAUAAUGCUGUUAUUAUACUUCGGAUCAAAAUAAAAAUUCCUUUACCUAUCUGUAUUGUUAUUCAACUCAUUACAAUAAAAUAACAAUUUCAAAAUGCGUUCGCAUAUAAAAACUUGGUAAGGUUUUUUGGCACAAAGACAAAUCAAGUCGAUCCAACGUGUGCUUUCCCUCUGCUGGUCUUAAAAGAAAAAAUUGGACUCUCUCGGAUCAAAAUUCAAUUAUUUUUUUAAAUAUUUUUCUCGUUUUUUGAGAAAUUGUCUUUUGAUACUAAAAGAGCCACUUGAGAGACUAGACUCCCUCUUUCGUCACUACGCAGGAUCGAAAGUUUGCGACGAAGUCAGCGAAGGGCCUUUUUGAUCAAUUUUAGAAUACAUUGGUAUGUGGCGGUACCACUCCAGUCUCGACUUGGACAACGGACGGUCGAGCAAGACAGUAUAUUAUCGUCAGUCGUAGCGUAGCCUCUUUGUCUUUGUCCAACAUUUUGUGAGUGUGAUAUUCAUUUCAAGAAAAAAUAACUAACAUACAUCGUGAUUACUCCUGGAUAUAAAAUGUCUAAUGACCUUAAAAUGGAAUGCUUUGCUGAAAUUGAACAUGAAUGCUUCAAUUUUACGUGGGUAAUAAAGAAUUAUUUUUUAAUAAUGGGAAAAGAAGGACCCCUGAGCUCGCA